AUGUUAGCUUAACUCAUUACACUUAAUAAUUUAACAUCAGAAUCUCUCAACAUUUCCAAAUCUCUCUUUAAAUUAGGCAGAGAUCCAACAAAUGACAAACAACUCACCAACAAUAAAAUCAGUUUUCUCCACUUGUAGAUUGAAUUUGAAGAAUCUCAAUUUACAAUCCUUGACAACUCUAUAAAUGGUACUUUCCUUAAUGGAAAAAGGAUUGGCAAGGGUAACAAAGUGAUAAUCCAAAACGGAGACACUAUCCACAUCUUACCUCUUGAUCGAGUUCAACCUGAAGAAAUCAUAGGAUUUUAAUUUCUUACAGAUAAGAUCAAAGAUUCCCGAUCACAUUCUGAUGAAAUUUAAUCUAUAAAUCAUAAUAAAUCUAAAGAUGAAAUUGUGUCUAAAUUAAACACUCACAAUCAACAAUUUGAAGAAUUGGCAGAUGAACUAAUAUGCACAAUCUGUAAUGAUUAUUUGUUUGAAGCUGUCACUACCAAUCCCUGUAAUCAUCAUUUUUGUGGAGCCUGUCUUUCAACAUGGCUAGAAAAACAAUUACAUAAUGACUGUCCAAAUUGUAGAGUUUCCAUUAAGUCAAUCAUGAUUGCAAGAAUGAUGAACAACUUAGUUGAAAAAUGGUUAAAGUGUAAUCCAUCCCAAAACAAAACUGCCACUUUGAUGGCCAAAAUGAAAGAAGAGAAUCUCAUUUACAAAAAUCCCAAUUAUUAUCUCAACUUCCAAGAAGAAUAUGCUAAAAAGAAUUAAAAUUAAUUUGAUCAACAAAAUGAGUCUGACGAAUUCUUAAGCAACGAUGAUGAUUUCGAUGACAACAAUCCUCAACUCUAUCAAAAUUAACUGGUACUCCCUAACAAUGCUGUCCAAUUCCAACUAUUCAACCCACCACCACCCCAACAAAUCUAACCUGUUCAGCCUUGUAAAAGUUGCAAUGGAUAAGUGUGGAAAUAAUACUAAUGCACAGACAUUCAAAUUCAUAUUGGAUGUUCAUCAUGCGGUCGGUUAAUGCCCAAAAGAUUGCUAAGUAAAUAUUUGUCAUUUAAUCUUUCAGCUGAGUAGGAGAAUGAAUAAUUGUAAAUGAUGUGUUGCAUUUGCAAAGUCUAUGAUUGUAAAUUCUAUUAUGGAGAUUGCAACAAGCCAAAUCUUAAUAAAUUGAUGUUGGUCAAAGACAUUCGUGAUAUGGUGCAAAUUCCACAGAAUUUCAUCAAUAAUGUAGAAUAUCAGAGGAUUAUCAAUCAUCUCAAAGACAACUAAGCUCCCUUCAUCUUUGACUUUAUGAUGGAACACUAUAUUAAUAAAGGAGACUUUUACUUUGAACAAAACAAAAGAACCUUUAAUUACCCAUUGCAGGACUUGAAUGUCAAAAUCACACCUGACACUCCUGUAUGUUGGCAAUGUCACAGGAAAUUAAUUAAUUUCAUAAUUUUCAAAUAUGUCCAAAGCUAGAAGUACGAUGAACCCAUCUUUUCCUAUCCAGACUGCUUUUAUGGAAUAAACUGUAGAACCCAACAUUGGAAUCAAUUUCAUGCCGGCAAAUACAAUCAUAUUUGUGAACAGACUAAAUUCCAUUGA